AUGAUUCUUCUCCGGUCCUCACUACUGAGGCCUGGGUCGACUCGAGAUUCCGCUCGUCUGUGCUCGAAAUGUUUCCUGCGCGUCUCUCACCCCCAGCGACCCGCCGCAGCCCGCAGCUUUCUCUCUUCCUCCCGGCCGCCGACUGGGAUUGCUGAUCGUGAAUCACCUUCCUUGACUGCUCAGAAGGCAUAUUUCUCUGCCAACCGCACAACGGAUAGCUUGUCUGCGAAAAAUGGCCUUUUGGCAUCCUUGUCUGACGCCCAUCCCUCCGCCCAACCGAGCCUCAAAACUACACCAACAGAGAGUGCGGGCUCCUCAGGGCCCGUCUUGUCCGAAUCUACAACAGAAGAAUUACCGCAUCGUCGGAGGAAACGGUUAAAGGAAGAACUGGCCAAAAAUGAUGACACAGAAAGCGUCAUUCCCCCGGAUGCCUCGUCACAAUUGUCCUCUCUCUCCUCCGCACUUCCCGCAACCUCCCUCCGUCGCAAGCUGGCCGCGUUUCUUGCUCUCACGAAACCGCGUCUCUCGUUCCUGAUUGUAUUGACGACCACAUCCGCAUAUGGGAUGUAUCCUAUCUCCUCUCUCCUUACUCUCGAUCCUUCAAUGACCCCUCUCCCAACCCUCUCAACCUCGACAUUGACCUUUCUCUACUUGACCGCGGGGACGUUCUUGUCGUCGUGCAGCGCCAAUACUAUAAAUAUGCUGCUGGAACCCAAAUACGACGCACAGAUGUCGCGAACCAAGAACCGACCGCUGGUCCGCGGACUCGUCUCGACCCGGGGGGCUAUUUUCUUUGCGAUUGCGACGGCUGUUCUCGGUCUCACUCUGCUAUACAUCGGAACGAACCCAACGACUACCGCUCUGUCAGCGAGUAACAUCUGUCUGUAUGCCUUUGUAUAUACACCGCUGAAGCGGAUAUCGGUCAUCAACACUUGGGUCGGUGCCGUCGUAGGAGGCAUUCCUCCCUUAAUGGGUUGGACCGCUGCGGCAGGUCAAACAGCGACCACAGGUCACGAUAGCUGGCAAGAUAUGCUCUUCAGCAAGGACAGCAUUGGUGGAUGGCUGUUGGGUGGUAUUCUCUUCGCGUGGCAGUUCCCCCAUUUCAAUGCCUUGUCCUAUACUAUCCGUGAAGAAUACAAAGCCGCCGGGUACAGGAUGCUCGCAUGGACCAAUCCCGCCGCAAACGCGCGUGUCGCGCUGCGAUACUCAAUCAUGAUGUUCCCGAUCUCCAUCGGGCUGUGGUGGGUAGGCGUGGUCGGUCAUGGUUUCCUGGUCGGCAGCACCGUCGCCAAUGGCUGGCUGGUGAAGGAGGCCUACCGAUUCUGGCAACAUCAGGGUGCCAACGGUAGUGCUCGAAGUCUCUUCUGGGCUAGUAUCUGGCAGCUUCCGAUCCUCCUUGUUGGCGGUCUGGUUACCAAGAAGGGUCUCUGGGACGGUGUCUGGAACAACAUCUUCGGCCAGCCGGAAGAAGAUGAGGGCGAGUUUUUGUACUAUGAAGACGAAGAUGAGGAAGUGGAAACGAAAAGCAGCUCAGAGCUUCAGAAACCGAGAAGCUCAUGA